UGACAUAUACUUGCUUGCUGUGGAGAAAAUUUUGUGCUGCCUAGGGCUAGCUAGGCGCUGCGAUCGGCAGGAGUGAUGCGCUUGGGCGCUCGGUGUCGUCAUGUUUGAGGCUCAUGUCUUGUAUCUUCUUCGCAGAUACCUGGGCCAGUAUGUGCGGGGUCUCUCAGCGGAGGCGCUCCAGAUCAGUGUGUGGAAAGGCGAUGUAGUGCUCAAGGACUUGCAGCUCAAGGCUGAAGCACUGAAUGCUCUGAGGCUUCCUCUCACUGUCAAAGCUGGAUUCCUUGGGUCUGUCACGUUGAAGAUUCCUUGGAACAAGCUUGGAAAAGAUCCGGUGAUUGUACUUCUCGACCGGGUUUUUGUUUUGGCGGAGCCUGUUGAAGAUGAACAGCUUUUCAAGAACGAGAACAUGGAAUCCUGGCUUGACGCUAAGCGGAGCCAGAUUGAGGAGCUGGAGAUGGCAUUGCUUGAUGCGAAGGCAGGAAGAUCCGGUGAUGAUGCGUCGCCGGAAAGUAAGUCCUGGUUAGGCUCGCUCGUUGCGACGAUCAUUGGCAAUCUUAAAGUCUCCGUGACUAAUCUUCAUAUUCGUUACGAAGACACCCUCAGCAACCCCUCCCAUCGAUUUUGUUUUGGCGUUACUUUAGCCAAACUUGCCGCUGUGACCAUCGACGAGAAUGAUGUAGAAACCUUCGUAACUAGCGGAGCUCUUGACAAGCUUCACAAGUCGCUCCAGCUGGAUAGUUUUUCUAUCUACCAUGACUCGGAUACUGGGCCGUGGACUCUGGAGAAACGGUGGGAUGAGAUGACAUCCAAAGAAUGGAGCGAGAUGUUUGAACCGAGUAUUAAAGGGAAAAUACAACACAAGUACCUGCUUCAUCCGGUUGCUGGCCUGAUGAAGUAUCACCGGUGUGGAAAGAGAGAGAAAAGGGAUUCUAAAACACCUUUUCAGAAGGCUUCUCUCGUUUUGGAUCAAGUGUCUAUUGCUGUGUCUGAGGAUCAAUAUCGGGAUGGUAUUCAACUGUUGGAGGGUGUUUCACGGUACAGGAUACGAAUGGAGUUCUCUCUCUUCAGACCUAUGAUACCCGUGUUGGUAGAUGCUAAGGCAUGGUGGCGCUAUGCUGGUCGUGCAGUAACGCAGCAGCAGAGAAAGUCAAGGUGUAACUUCUCUUGGGAACAUCUGUCUCGAGCAUCAGGGUUACGAAAGAAAUAUGUGGAUCUUUAUGUUAGCGGGCUCCAGCAGGGCAAGUUUGACAAUUUUGAAAUAAGGCAAAUCGACCGGGAGCUAGACGUAGAAGUUAUUCUACUUUGGAGAAUGCUUGCCCAUGCAAAAGUUGAGACGGCAAAGUUAAAAGAGGCAGCCGCGGCCCGCGAAAAGUCCAGGAAAAGCACCUGGUGGCCAUUUGGCGGGAGCGGCGCUGGUCCAAGGGCCUCAGUUGCCCGAGGCCCUGAAACGGAAGCGGCCCCAGCGCAACUUACAAAGGAAGAAUGGAAUAAGAUUAACGAGCUUCUAAGCUAUCAACCCGGCCAAGACUAUCCGCUGCUUUCUACUCAAGAGCCACAGAACAUGCUGCAAACAAUGCUCGACGUGACCAUAAAACAGAGCUUGGCGUGCAUAAAAGACAGCACCGAUUUGGUCAUAUUAUGUGGGACUUUCUCCAAUUUAAACGUUUCUCUCAAGCUGUUCCCGAAAACGUUCUUCUGCGACACUAAGUUGACGUACUAUGGCCUUUCAUCUCCAGAGGGGCCUCUCGUUUCGAGCGUGAGUAGAGAGGGAAGAGCACAAGCGUUGGAUUUGACGUUUGUGUAUGUUCCUUUCGAAGAACAUUUGGAUUGGAAGCUGUCUGUCACGAUGUCAUCAUGCUAUGUGACGGUUUGGAGAUCCAGUUUUGACAGGGUCAUGCACUUUAUGAAAUCUGGCCAAGCUAUGAGCCCGGCAGUGGCUUUGGAAACUGCUGUUGCUUUGCAGACAAAGCUAGAAGAGGUAACGAGGCGUGCUCAAGAACAGAUACUAUCUCAACUAGAGAAACAGAGAAGGUUCUCUAUAGAUAUUGAUCUUGACGCUCCAAAAGUCUUAAUUCCUGCACUCAAAGAUGAAGGAAUUGGAAAGAAAAGCCAAUUGUUGGUAGACUUGGGACAUUUUAAUCUUCGAACACUGGGGAAUGACGACGUUGAGUUUCCGAAACGAAGUCGCUACUCUAAACUUCAUGUAUCUGGACGGGAUAUAUCGGCUUUCUUUGUUGAUGGUGAUUUCGAAUGGGCUCACUUUCCUGCGCUGGCCACAGAUGCUGGUGACAACGCAUAUUCAAUCUUUCCUGUACUUGACCGUUGUGGGAUGUCGAUUAUGCUGCAUAUGGCUCAAUAUGAAGAUUUGAAUUGGCCUUCAACAUGCAUUGCAAUUGAAGUUCCUCGCCUUGGUAUCCAUUUUUCUCCUGCAAGAUACCGUAGGCUGCUCUAUCUUCUGCACGCUCUGGAGUCGGCUGACCGGUCCAGCUCCCAGCCGAACGCUUUAUCUUGGCAACCAUCAGAGGCAUCUGGAGAUGCACGAGUGCUUCUGUGGGGGGGAAUCGGUAAUAUUACUGCAGAAUGGCAGCCUUGUUGGAUUACAUUGGCGGGGCCAUACCUGUACGUUCUAGAGGCAGAAGACUCAAAGACAUAUCAACGUUAUUGUAGCUUAAAUGGCAAACAAAUAGUUGAAAUACCUCCCGAAUAUAUUGAUGGUUCAGAAAACGUGGUUGCGGUUUGUAACAGGGGUAUUGAUUUGCAGAAGGUAAUCGAAUCUUCGAGCGCAGUUGUUCUCCAGUUGAAAAGUACAGAAUCAAAGGCGUCUUGGUUUAAGUAUCUUACACUUGCUACUUACCGUUCGUCCGCAUCAGUUUCUCUUCUGUCUAAUCCCGAAGAGACGAGUACAAAGGUGUUGGAUUCUUCAAAACAACUCACUUUAUUUGUUUCGGGCGCUCUAAAGGAGUUAAGCAUCUCUGUUUCCGGAAAGAUUGGUAAGCCGGGAAAUGACGAGAUUGUCAUAGCAGAGCUCCAAGCAUCAGGUGGUAAGGUGAAUUUGCUGCAGCGGCCGUACGACAUGAAAAUAGCAGUGAAGCUACAUUCCUUAAAGAUUGAGGACAAGCUCCAGGGAUCAGUUUCUCAGUCCUGUCGGUAUGUUGCUCGAUCAGUUUUGUCCAAAACUUUUGUGGGAGCAGAAGAACCACAAGAACCAGAAGCACCGAAACCAGAUGACGAUGAACAGUUUAAAGACGCUCAGCCUGAUUUUGGAGGAUUUUCUGAAGAGGCCGUAAAGCUCGUUCUAAGCUGGCAGCCUGACCAGGCCAACUUCCUUGAGAUAUGGGGGAGCUUGGAUCAGUUGUCCGAAAAAGCUGAAGGUUCAGAGGCAUCUGAUUUUGUCAAGGUGAUACUUGUCCUGAGGGAAACAGAGUCUUCCGAAUAUGUUGAUACUGAUACGCAGAUGAUUAUGAAGAUGGCCACCUUAGACUUUUUCUGUAAUCGUCCAACAAUAGUCGCGUUGAUCGAGUUCGGAAUGCAGCUCAGUGAAAUUAUGGAGGCAGAAGAGUCACCAUCACAGGCUGCUCUUUCUCUGGAGGUGGAGCAAAGACAACUUGUUAAAGGAUUACUAGGACGAGGAAAGUCCCGGGUUGUGUUUGGGCUCAAAAUGGAUAUGGAGAGCACUCGCAUUUUCUUGAAUCUGGAAGACGGAUCUCAACUUGCUAUGUUGGCUCAAGAAAAGUUUCAAAUGGACUUAAAGGUAUAUCCUGGUUCUUUCACCAUCUCAGGAAAUCUGGGAAACUUGCGGGUCUGUGACAUGAAGCUUGGCCCUGAACACCGAUGGGGCUGGCUUUGUGACAUUCGAAAUCCUGACUCCGGUUCACUUGUCGAGAUAGAGUUUCAAUCCUUCAACAGAGACGAUGACGACUUUGAAGGCUGUGACUAUAGUUUGGUUGGAAAGUUUUCUGCGGUUCGAGUAGUUUUUCUUUACAGAUUUAUACAAGAGGUGGCUGCUUAUUUCUAUGCACUAGCCUCCCCUCAAACUCAACAGAUAAUCACAGUUUUCGACGCCGCUGGUGGUACUGAAAAGAUCAUGCAGCAAGCUGAUAUGGACGGAGCACCCGCUUUGAGGCUUAAUUUAUCGAUGGAUACACCGAUCAUUAUUAUGCCUCGCAGUUCCAGCAGCAAAGAGUUUAUGGAGGUUGAUCUCGGCCAUUUGAAGCUGUCAAACACAUUUGAAUGGCAUGGAGGCUCGCGGGACGUAGUUUCUGCUGUCCAUCUCGAUGUUUUAGACGUGGAUAUUUCAGGAGUAAACAUGGUGGUCGGAAUUGAUGGUAAAGCAGGGAAGCCCAUGAUACAAGAAGCUCAAGGUCUACAUUUGACCAUAAGGCGUCCUUUGCGCGAUCUUUUUCAGAAAGUACCUGAAGUGCAAGUUGAUGUCCAGGUGCUAACUUUGUGCGGAGUAAUGUCGGACCGAGAAUAUCUGGUCAUUAUUGAUUGUGCUUCAACGAAUAUAAACGAGCCACCUGACUUGCCGCCAAACUUUCGAGAAUCGACUUCGAGCGAAUCCGAUGACCAAGAAACUCCAAAUUUCAAAUCAGUGGAGCUCGAAGAACAUUUCCGUGAUUCUCAGACAUACUUCACCAAAGUUUGGGUUAUAGUAGAUGUGUUAUAUGCAGAGCUGGAACUAUUCAAAGGUAUAGAACGUGAAUCUCCUCUUGCUCGUGUCGAGGUGCACAGUUUUUGGCUUGGUUAUCGUUUCGCAUCAACACUGGAAACCGAUAUUUAUGUCACAUUACCAAAGCUCUCGGUUGUGGAUCUCCGGCCUGGCACGAAUGCAGAGAUGAGGAUGAUGUUUGGCUCUAUUCCCGAUGUCGAGAAAGACGGCCAGCCUGGCGAAAGCGAACAUAAGUCUGUCACUCGACUAACGAUGUUAGUAAUGGACCUGCGAAUGAAGCCUCAUGCUCAGACUAUUGUUAUUCGGAUGCAACGACCUCGGCUGCUGGUGGUGGUGGAUUUUCUCUUGGAAGUCAGCCAGUUUUUUGUCCCAUCGGCGGUGGCAUCAACUGGUGAUGAAGAAAAAGAUCCACUCGCAACAGCAAAGCACGUCAGGCUUGUUAGUUCUCAUUAUCGGCAAGAAGAGCCAAUGUCGAUAAUAUCACCGGAGCGUCAAGUUAUUGCUGAUGCAGUUCACAUCCAAGAGUUUUUAUACGACGGAUGUGACCGGGUGCUGGAGUUACAAGUUGAAGAUGAUUAUGCUGGUGCCAACGCAGAACCUGUUAUCGUUGUUGGACAUGGGAAGAAGCUGCGUUUCAAAAAUGUUAAAAUCAAGAAUGGAGCGCGUAUUCACGAGUGCAUCAAACUCGCAAGUGGUGCUAGCUACAGUUUUCAUGAAGAAGAUGGUGUCACAUUUGUAAGUAACGAGGAAAAGAUCACGACAGUAGUGGAUGGAGGGUCAGCAACAGAUCCAGGGAGCCCAAAACUUGACGAUCGUGGGGACUCCAACCAGGACUUUCUUCUGGAUGUACAGAUUGUAGCACCGGAACUGACAUUUUACGAUAGCACAAAAUGGCCAUCGUCUACAACAUUGUCCCGGCAGGAAAAACUCCUGAGAGCAAAAAUGGAUUUUAACCUUAUGUUCGCGUUGAAAGGUGAAAACAGAUGGGUGAGGAGUUUUGUGAAGGGACUAAGUGUAGAAAACAGCUCGGGAGUCAUGAUAUUAGAUCCACUCGAUAUUUCUGCCGAGUACGUCUGUGCCCAAGGAAAGUCCAAUAUUCUAGUCACCGCAUCAGACGUUUUCUUGCGGCCCUCUUUCAACGUUAUGCGGUUGGUAAUGCGUUUGCACAGUGAUGCUGUUGCACGAUUCCAUCUUGAUCGCGGAGUCAUACAUCGUUGCACCCAUUUUGACCGAAUAUGGGUGAACAAACCAGGGAAUACUUCUUCGCCCGAAGUUACUUUCUGGAGGCCAAAAGUUCCUCCUGGCUACGUGAUAUUAAGCGAUUGUGUAACCUCGGGGACGGCACCCCCGUCUCAAGGGGUUGUAGCUGUUUUCAAUUCUCACCAUCGAGUUAAAAAGCCUUUAAAGUUCGACCUUGUCUGGAGCUCGUAUGGGAAUUCCAGCAACUCAGUUUUGAAUGAAGAACCAUGCUGUGUUUGGCUCCCGGUUGCGCCGCCAGGAUACAAAGCCGUUGGCUGUGUGGCCGAGCGAGGAACUUCUCCUCCCUCUUUAAAUACUGUCCACUGCGUCAGAUCGGACCUUUUGACAUCGAGUGCAGUCACUGACUGCGUUCUGUGCAUUCCUCCUGGUGACAGGGAUUAUGCGGAUGGUUGCAGCAUUUGGCGUGUAGACAACACGAUUGGCUCCUUCUUUGCACGCUCUUCUGUUAAUCCACCACAAAAGGAUAUGUUGUGCGACCUGCGUCACCUAGUUCUGAAUCACUUGAGUAGUCCGACCGAGAGAACGGACGACGCUGUCGAAGUUAAAGUGGUGGAACGUACGCCUCAUCCUGCACCACGAGCUAGCAGAAACUCCUUAACUACUCCGCAGUUUGAAAGGCUUUGGUGGGACAGAGGCACGGAAACCAGACGCGUAGUUUCGAUUUGGCGGCCUAUCCCAGCCAGCGGGUAUGCAAUUGUUGGCGACAGCAUCGUUGACGGGCUCGAGCCACCAGGCAUUGGAUUAGUUUUACGCGAUGAUGGCACAGGACGUCUCUGUAAACCCAUUCGUUUCCAGCAAAAGGUUCACAUUUGUGGGAGAGGCCUUGAAGAUGUGUACAUCUGGUAUCCAGUCGCACCGGCGGGCUAUGUUGCCUUGGGAUGUGUUGCAACAACAACGCCGGAUCAUCCUCCACUUGAUAUGGUCCGGUGCGUUCGUAUGGAUCUUGUGAGUCAAGGAAGUCUUUCCAAGCGUCCAGUGUGGAGCUAUAUAGGCAGCCGUGGUGGUCACAGCUGCUGCUUGUGGAAAGUGGAGAACCAGGCUAGCACCUUCAUUGCUCGUGCUGACUUGAAAAAGCCUCUCGUGCGGAUGGCAUACUUCCUUGCCGAAACUGGACGGCCUAAAGUCCGAGAAAACCUGACUGCCGAAAUGAAACUUGGACGUUUAUCGGUUACUGUCGUUGACGAUCUUUCUGGCAUGGCAACACCUCUUGUUAAUGCGACUUUAACCGGUGUCAACUUAGCAGCCCAUGGUCGACCGGAUGCUCUGAAUGCCGUGGCAUUGACAUCGAUUGCUGCGUCCACGUUCAACGCGAGCCUUGAUGCUUGGGAACCACUGAUUGAACCAUUUGAUGGCAUUCUGAAAUACGAGUUCUAUGGUGGGGAUUCGGAUGCAACGUUAAAGAUUGGUAGACGUGUUCGAAUCACCGCAGCCAGCACGGUCAGCAUUAAUAUUACAUCUGCUAGCCUGGAAGCUCUGAUAGGAGCUAUGGCUGUCUGGCAAAAGCAAACCGAGUCGGAACAAGAGGCGCUAAGCGCGAUGAGGACGGAGAAAACGGAUUACAAAGCAGGAAUGACGGGCAAAGCUGCAUUGGAGGAAGAUGACAGUGAGAAGCUUGUAGUUCAAAAUAUGCUCUUUUCUGAGCUCUACCUGAGAACUUUCCGAAGCGGCUUUGAGAAUGUAGAAGUGCUGCAAGAAGGAGAAACUUCCAUUAUUCCUUUGCCACCCCCUAGCUUUCCCGACAAGCUGGCAAGCGGGGUUCAAAAACCAUCCCGGCAAUUUGUCGCAGUUCACGUGCUUGAAGCAAAGGGCUUGUUGGUAAAUGACGAUGGUAAUUGUCCCGAUUUUCUGUGUGCUCUUCGUUUAGUGACUACGAAGCAGCUACCUGAAGAUCCGAAAGCGCUCCCACAAAGUGCUAGAUCUCGUUGCGUGCGUCCAAAUGACGUGCAGUCCCUGUCCCGGGCUUCAGCAAGCUGGAAUGAAGUUUUCAUUUUUGAAGUUCCGUCACAGGGGUCUGUGAAUUUGGAAGUGGUUAUUACCAAUCAAGCUGCUAGAAGUGGAAAAGGAGAGGCAGUCGGUAUUCUCUCACUUCCUGUGAAAGAAGAAGCGAGUCAUAAAGUAUCUCAACCUUCGACGUUGUGGAAAAUGGUCAGGCAGUCGAUUAGUCAAGAAUCCUGGCCAGCUGCUCAAGCCAAAAUUCUCUCCUUGAGACCGCCUCGAAAGCGGGGAAACAUUGCAGAGUUGCAGUCUCAAGAGUGUGGCAACAUAGCUGUUCAGCUUUACUUCUUCUCUACUGCACCAGAUUGGCGACGUGACAAGGAUGAGAAACUGCCGACGAAAGACUAUGGCCUGCUGUUUUCGUGCCGUCCUGAUGGUCCUUGGGAAAGCUUGCGGUGCGUGCUACCUUUCGCAACAAUUCCCAAAACAGUUGGUGAGCAACAAGUUGCUGUGGACGUAACGAUGGAUCAGGGUCGAAAGCAUGCUACGUUUCGGAGUUUGGUUAUCGUCGCAAACAACACAGACAUGGCGUUGGAAGUGGCUAUAUGCCCAUAUUCUCUGCUCCAUACGCCGAAUGACACAGAUGGUGGCGCUACAUCUUUAGACAAUUCUACUCGUGUUGACGAAGAAUGCUUUGAGAACCAAAGAUAUCAACCUUUAGCAGGGUGGGGAAGCAAAUGGCCGGGACAUCUUAUUCCGACCGAUCCCGGAAGGUGGAGUACGCGAGAUUUUACUCAAUCAUCUCAGGAAAUACUAAAGGUUCAGCUGCCGCCGGGCUGGAUUUGGACUUCAGACUGGACAGUGGAUCUUUCUGGAAACGUAGAUCAAGACGGCUGGUUCUACGGUCCGGACUUCCAGAGCUUAAGGACGCUGCCAGUUUCUUCUAAGGCAUCGAGGAAGUCCACUUUCGAUUUUGUUCGACGACGACGUUGGAUCCGCACUAGACAACGUGUACCAGACAACAAGAAGGCGCACAAAAGAGAGGUGGUGGGAGUGAUUCAACCGGGGUCGUCCAUCCAGCUGCCUCUUGCAAGCACUGCUCGUCAGGCAGAUUACUGUGCUCAAGUUCGUCCGGUGACAGACACAUGCGGAAGUUAUCUGUGGGGUCGGUUAAUAAGCGAUCCAAAUCCCAUUGCUGCGAACUCAUCCACGCCAAGAAAGUCUAUCAAGCAGAGUAAAAGCAACAUCUCCUCACAGGAUUUCACGUUGGGCCACCUUGAGAAAAGAGAACAGCUGCUACUAUGCGUCACGGCUGAUAUGACAAGCUCAAAAGGCCAUUGCUGGCUCAGCAUGGAAGCGGAUGCUACUAUCCUGUCUGGCGACUUGAACACUCAAAUUUACGACUGGAGAUUAUCAGUGAACGCACCCUUGCGGCUGGAAAACCUUCUGCCUUGCAACGCAGAGUACAUAAUCUGGGAGAAGAUAAAUGAGGCCAGGCCGGUCAAACGGCAGCAUGGGAUAGCUUCAGCCGGUGACUCUGUUUGUGUCUACGCUGCGGAUAUAAGGAGGCAGAUCUUCUUGACGUGGCUGCCACAAGGUGGCUGGAGACCAGAGAAGGAAGGCGUCCUUAUUUUUGAUCCAAAGUCUGAAGACCUUCCUCUUGGGUUCUGGAUGGUGCAUCAUGCUAGCAACAGGAGGCUACGCGUAAGCCUGGAGUAUGACUUUGGAAGCUCACUUCUGGCUGCUAAAACCGUGCGUUUACUCGUGCCAUACUGGAUAUCCAACGAUACCGGGUUACCACUGGCCUAUAGAGUGGUUGAAGUCGAAAGCUCGGAGCCUCUUUCUACACCGAAGGGCACGAGGAAUUCUAAACUGGCUACACCUGCAAGAAAAGCAAGGAUGCUGCCCGUUACUCGCGUUCUUGAUGUCAUAGAAAGCUCUCCUGCCCCGCUCAUGCUUUCGCCUCACGCUCAACUGGACCGACUAGGUCCACUCCCGAAUACUCCUCGAGUGGAGGACGUGCUUUCGCCUCGUAUUGGGCUAGCUGUGUCUGCUGCAGACAGCGACAACUUCAAAUACGGCUUUUCGUUCAGAGAAUUGGAGGAUAAUAAGGAUCUGAUAGUUGUGAAGGCAUACGAUUCAAACGGUGGAUAUGUAAAGCUGACAACCACUUUGGAUCUAUCAUCUGAGAGAACCAAGGUUGUUCGUUUUCAGCCUCAUUCAGUGUUCAUCAACAGGCUUGGCAAAAGGCUACAGAUUCGUCAAGGUGAUAUACAAGCUCAAGACUUUCUAUAUCCCAAUCAAACUCCAAAAACAUUUGUCUGGCGCACAAAUGAUGAGCCUGAACUUCUCAAGGUCUAUCUCGAGGGCUACAAAUGGAGCCCGCCCUUCAACAUUGAGACUAUUGGAACAACACACUUGAAACUAACAAGUACAAACGGCAGCUCCAAACUCUAUAUUCGCAUAGAGGUGCGAAGCGGAUCUAGGCAUGCCUCGCAGCUGGUCAUUUUUCGAUACGCUUCAAUUCAUGGGCCAUACAGGAUUGAGAACAAGUCCACAGUCUCAAUCAACUAUCGACAGGAAGGUACAUCUUCUGAAUCCUGGCAACAUCUACCAGCCGGGAGCUGUGAUACGUUUGCAUGGGAGGAUCUUGAUCUCCCUCGCAUGCUGGAGAUCAACGUCGAGGGAGCGGAUCCGCAUUCAUCACAGACGUACAAAAUUGAUGAAGCCAGAACUCAUCAGCUUAUUACUUCGAGUAGUCCGGGUCCGGUUUUGCAAGUUAAGGUUCAUCGUGAUGGUGCCAUUCACCUGGUUUCCGUGACCAAUUCGAUCACAAGACCCGAGGACAUGAGUAUUGUUCCUGUGUCAUCAUCCUCCACUCAGCUUCCCGAGCGAACUCAAACUAGCCAAGCGGAGAACCAGUUCCACACGUCAAUAGAACUGGCCGAGCUUGGACUGUCGAUUGUUGAUCACACUCCGGAGGAACUCCUCUACCUGUCCGUGAUAAACUUCUUUGUUUCAUAUUCUACAGGACUUGGAUCGCAAAUCAGCAGGUUUAAAGUAAAAGUGGACGGCCUCCAAGUUGAUAAUCAGCUGCCAUUGACUCCCAUGCCUGUGCUUUUCUCGCCUCAGGACACUGCAAAGAAUUGCGAGUUCUUGUUGAAGUUUACAGUGACUCUGAAGGAGAACAGUUUGUCGGAUCAGCAGGUUUACCCAUACAUCGGCAUCCAGGGUCCGAACGUUCCAAACGUUUCAUUUUUGGUGAAUAUUCACGAACCAAUCAUCUGGCGGCUUCAUGAAAUGUUCACCCGACUAAACUUGGGACAGUUAAGAAGCAGCCAGACGACUGCUGUAGCUCUGGAUCCGAUUAUUAGCAUUGGACUGCUGAAUACGUCGGAGAUACGCUUCAAGGUGACCUUAGCAAUGUCUCCAACACAGCGGCCUCGCGGAGUUCUUGGAUUCUGGUCCACGCUUCUUACUUCCCUUGGCAACACCGAUGAUAUGCCGGUUCGCAUUACGCCUCAUGUCCACGAAAACAUAUGCAUGAGCCAAAGUGCGCUGGUUGCAGCUGCAAUCGCAAGUGUUCGUAACGAUAUGCUCAGUCAACCUCUCAAGCUAUUAUCUGGUGUGGAUCUUUUGGGAAAUGCGAGCAGCGCGUUGGGACACAUGAGCAAAGGCGUUGCUGCACUCUCGAUGGAUAAAAAGUUUAUCCGGAGCCGUCAAAAGCAUGAGACAAAGGCGGCAGUAGAAGACAUAGGUGAUGGUAUUCGUGAAGGUGGCGAGGCCCUUGCCAAAGGAUUUUUCAGGGGGGUGACCGGGAUAUUAACAAAGCCACUGGAAGGUGCUCGAUCGGCGGGAGUGGAGGGAUUUCUUCAAGGUGUUGGGAAGGGAGUUAUCGGCGCAGCAGUGCAGCCGAUGAGUGGCGUGCUUGACCUGCUGUCGAAAACUACUGAAGGAGCCAAUGCUACGAGAAUGAAGCUGGCAGCUGUUCUCACGUCCGAGGAACAGCUCCGGCGUCGUCGUUUGCCCAGAGUUAUUGGCGGUGACAACAUUCUCCGCCCAUACGAUGAGUACAAAGCUCAAGGACAGGUGCUAUUGCAACUGGCCCAACGAGGAACUCUUUUUGGACCCGUAGACAUCUUUAAAAUUCGUGGGAAAUUUGCGGCAUCAGAUGCAUACGAGGACCACUUUAAUCUUCCUAAAGCUCGUACACUGAUUAUCACUCAUCGGCGAGUGAUCUUGUUGCAGCAUCCGACUGGCAUUCUGGUGCAGAAGAAGCCCGACUUGUUAAAAAACCCGUGCACUAUUGUCUGGGACGUGACAUGGGGAGAACUCAUGACAAUGGAGCUAGCUAUCGGCAAGCAGGAAACCAAGGAGCCGCAUGAGCCUAAACCAUCGCGGUUGAUCUUGCACCUUCGGACAUCCAGCCAGGAGACCUCCAUAUUCGACACGAGAGAAACUAUGCGUGUCGUGAAGUGUCAUCCUGGUACCAAUCAGGCCGCGGAGAUAAUGGCAUCAAUCCAAAGAGCGUAUGAAACAUUCGGACCUGAACGCGCCGCUAUUCGUUCAGAGACUAUGAAGCUAAAGCCAGGAAGUAGACCAUACGCAGGAUCUAGUUCAAGCGCGGCUCCUGCACUCGGACUUUUAGCCGGGCCUGCAGCCCCGGUUUCCAUACCAAUGCUGGCUACGUUUGGUGCAUUGCUUGGCUCCGCGCACCGGAGCUCGCUUCUAGCAAAAGAGUCCGAUGCUGCCACGGACAAAGUUUUGAGCAUCGACGAAGGCUCGUCCACUGGUUCUCCAAGAGCCGGGAGGUUCAUCAGCGAUUUUGAUCUCAUAUGGUCGAACCAGGGUGAUCCCGAUGGUGAAACCAAUCCCAUGUCCAUUUGGCGACCGGCCUGUCUGUCCGGAUAUGCCACCGUUGGAGACGUCGCUCACGCUGCUCAUGACCAGCCUGAGAGCGUGCUCGUGUAUCCUCUUUCCGACCAGAUCUUCCUCCAUCCUCAAGGCUUUGAUCAGGUCUGGCGAGAGCAAGGCCCGUCCCCUCUCACAAUCUGGAGGCCCCGAGCUCCACCCGGAUAUGUCUCGGUGGGAUGCGUCGCGGUGGCCGAUUUCUACGAGCCCGAGGUGGAGGUGGUGUUUUGUGUACUUAGUAAACACACAACGCAGGCGGUUUACGUGGAGCCAGCGCUUGUGAGGAGUCCAUCGCCGGGCGGUGCAGCGUUUUUGACAUGCAGGUUUUGGAGAGUGGCGAAUGAGGCCCGGACUUUCGUGGUGCCUAGGGAUGAUGGCCAGCCACCGUCGAGCCUGGCGUGUAUGGUAGUGUUGUAGAUAAGUGCUUUUUCCAUUCCGGGACUAAAGCUGUACAGGAGCUCUCCUUCAUUGUUUUAUACACAUUGCAAAUAAGUUUCUUUAAUCUUUGGCCAGUU